AAUCGAUUUUGUACUCCACUUUUUCUUUGUUUACUUUUCCUGUGCAAAUUAUAAUUAAGUAUAUAAAAAACUAUCACAUAGUAUUGACCCUGCGUGUAAAGUGGCUGAAACUACGGGUUCUGUUAAUUUUCCGAAGCAAAAUGUAGAUGGCAAAUCGAUCGAUUUUUGACAACGAAGUGGGAAAGUAGCGGUGUCUGAUUUUGGGUGUGUGUGCACUGCACCCAGUUAAAAAGUUAAACACCUUUUCAAAGAAAACGAAAUAAAAGUUUGCAACGAACUCGAAUUUUUUGGACAUGGAGUCUACUUCCUCAUUGCCUGGAUAUAUUCGCGAAAAAAUCGCCGAAUUAGACUUGGAGCUCUCAGAAGGUGACAUUACGCAAAAAGGCUAUGAAAAGAAACGAGCUAAGUUAUUGCAACCGUUUCUAAAAAAGAAUGAAGCUAUUAGCGUCGACAAGGCAAAAACAACGCCGCCACCGCCAUAUUACAACGUUAAAGAUGCCAACAAUAGCAACAGUCACGGAAAUAUCAAUAAUGAUGGUGUCGUAGUCUCCAGUGAAGGCUAUAGUUAUGUGACCGAAGUACCUUCUCUCUCCUCUUCACAGCAAAGACAUUCCAAAAAGUUAGACUUUCAUCAGUCUUCCUCCGUAACAGCAUCAUCAACCGCUCAGAGCGGAGCGGCUGGGACACCUGGUUAUGAAAAUAUGCGCCCGCAAGGUGGUGCAGUCGGCGAUCCAGGAUAUCAGAAUACUCGCGAGCCAAGCGGUUUUCAAAACCAGUCCACUUCAAAUAAUAGUCAACACCGCCAGCGACGUACACAGCGCAAAGUAACGCAUAAUGAAAAACGUUAUCAUUCGGAGGUACGUCAGGAGGCCGUACAGCAGGCCUUAGCGGCACUUAAAGGUCGACCAAAACCUAGUCUUCCGAUGCCAUCAAAACGCACAUCUGUGCUUAACCGCAGUCCUGGCUGUAAUGAUGAGCUGGACUCAUCUACAGAUGAAGAAUCCAUACCAGAGGAAACUAUUUCUCCUGAUAAGGAGUACAACUAUCCGCGUGAUCACAUAAGCAAUAGUAUGAUACCACCAGAACCGAUAAUAAAACCACCAAUUCGUGAAUCAUCCAUGAGCUCGCAGCAGCAUCUGCGACUUGAUGUAAAACAGUCACAAACGCCAAAUCAGAAGUAUUCAUCAUCAAACAGUGUGGCAGAAAAACGGCCACCCCAAAAUUUGCCACCACUUCCAACAUCUGACACAUCGAGUAUGGAGUCACCCCCUAUUGCUUACAAGCGAGAUACAGACUUUUCGGAAAAAGCAUUUAAGCAAAAGCAAUUCAACGCUCCAGACAUCACACAGUUUAAUAAUACACAUCGCAUUGCUGACCGCGUAACAAGAUAUGUGAAUGUAUCCCAAAGUGAACUUAGUGACACAGAUGCAAACGGUAAAUGGAAGGUUUCCGCUAAAAUACAACAACUGUUAAACACACUUAAGAGACCCAAGCGCCGCCCACUUCCCGAAUUCUAUGAGGACAACGACAUUGAACUUGAGAUUGCAGCAAAUACUAAGGAUCCCAAUGCACCGAAACCGGAAGGCAGCACAAUGACUUCCGUACAAGGCGAGCAACUCUCGAUACCAGCAGGGCUUCCGCGCACUCUGGAAUGCGCCCUCCAGCGAUAUGGCACAAAUUCAUUUAAAAGUUCCAUGGCUACGGUUCUUGAUCCUAAUGGUAAAAUAACAACCACUUUGACAUACGGAAAGCUGCUGUCACGUGCACAAAAGAUAGCAUAUGCAUUGUCCACGAAGAUAUUUAGCAAAGGACCCGAGCAAGUAACAUUGAAGCCGGGUGACCGUGUUGCUUUAGUUUAUCCCAAUAAUGAUCCAUUGAGUUUUAUAACAGCCUGGUAUGGUUGUAUGUUUCGUGGCUUAGUCCCUUUACCUAUAGAGCUGCCACUUUCCAGCUCUGACACACCUCCCCAGCAGGUUGGAUUCUUGCUUAGUUCGUGUGGAAUAACUGUGGCGCUCACUUCAGAGGCUUGUUUGAAAGGUCUACCCAAAUCAACAACCACGGGUGAGAUUGCGAAACUAAAAGGUUGGCCCCGUUUGCAGUGGUUCGUAACUGAACACUUGCCUAAGCCCCCUAAAGAAUUCAACGUUGGGAACUUACGCAUUGAUGAUACAGCAGCAUCUUAUAUUGAAUAUACUACUGAUAAGGAGGGCAGUGUUAUGGGUGUGACUGUUACGCGUGCUGCAAUGAUCAAUCAUUGCCGGGCAUUAACUAUGGCCUGUCAUUACACCGAAGGGGAAACCAUUGUCUGUGUCCUAGAUUUUAAAAGAGAAGUUGGUUUAUGGCACGCUGUCUUGACGUCAGUGCUGAACGGUAUGCAUGUUAUUUUCAUACCUUAUGCCUUGAUGAAGCUUCGCCCCUCAAGCUGGAUGCAAUUAAUCACAAAACAUAGGGCUUCCUGCUGCUUGGUGAAGAGCCGUGACCUGCAUUGGGGUUUAUUGGCUACUAAAGAUCAUAAGGACAUAUCUCUAUCUUCAUUGCGUAUGCUACUAGUAGCGGACGGAGCCAAUCCCUGGUCACUUUCAUCAUGUGAUCAGUUUUUGAACGUGUUUCAAGCAAAAGGCUUACGCUCAGACGCCAUAUGCCCAUGUGCAAGUAGUUCAGAAGUUUUUACAGUUUCACUUCGUCGUCCAGGUCGUGGGUCAUGUGGAUUCAGUCAAUCAGCCACAGGCCGCGGUGUACUCUCCAUGGCAGCUCUGUCACACGGUGUAGUUAGAGUGGAUAGUGAAGACUCUCUAACAUCGCUAACAUUGCAGGAUUGUGGUCAAGUCAUGCCAGCUGCGCAAAUGGUGGUCGUACGAUCAGAGGGAGCACCAGUGUUGUGUAAGACAGAUCAAGUUGGAGAAAUAUGCGUUACAAGUGGUUCAACAAGCGCCAGUUACUUUGGGCUCGAUGGUAUGACAAAUUCUACAUUUAAAGUUCAACCCAUAUUGGAAGAUUUUGAUCAAACGAAAGAAGGUCCUGGAACUGGUACUGGAACUGUUGGGAUUAUUUCGAAGCCCAUUGGCGAUGAAUACUAUGUCAGGUCAGGCCUUUUGGGUUUUCUUGGUCCAGGAGGCUUAGUGUUUGUUUGCGGUUCCCGGGAUGGGCUUAUGACGGUUACUGGACGAAAGCACAAUGCGGAUGAUAUCAUAGCCACAGUAUUAGCAGUGGAACCUAUGCGAUUCAUUUACCGAGGACGCAUAGCAGUAUUUAGCAUUAAAGUACUUCGAGAUGAGCGCGUAUGUGUUAUUGCUGAACAGCGGCCCGAUUGCUCUGAGGAGGAGAGUUUCCAAUGGAUGUCGCGUGUUCUUCAAGCUGUAGAUUCCAUUCAUCAGGUGGGAAUAUAUUGUUUGGCACUAGUGCCACCGAAUCAUUUGCCUAAGACCCCACUCGGAGGCAUACAUUUAUGUGAAGCAAGGCGUCGAUUUUUGGAAGGAUCUCUUCACCCCGCAAACGUAUUGAUGUGUCCGCAUACGUGUGUUACUAACUUGCCAAAGCCGAGAGAGUUACAUCAAGGUGUGCAAACUACUGUAAAACUAAGCUCAUCAUCUGGCUGUGGUAUUACAGACACGGGUGUAGGACCAGCCUCUGUGAUGGUUGGAAAUUUAGUGCAGGGUAAUCGUUUGGCUGAAGCACACGGGCGAGACGUUGGAUUGUCCUCCGAAGAUUGUGAGCGUAAGCCUCAACUAAUAACAGGAGUACUCCGAUGGCGCGCCAAUACGUCACCAGAUCAUAUAAUAUUUACUCUGUUAAAUUCAAAGGGUGCCAUUGCCAAAACGUUGACAUGCUCUGAGUUACAUAAACGAGCUGAGAAGAUUGCGGCUUUGCUCCAAGAACGUGGUAGAAUUGAGCCAGGUGAUCACGUUGCACUUAUAUUUCCCCCUGGACUCGAUUUGCUAUGUGCAUUUUAUGGUUGCCUCUAUCUGGGAGCAAUACCUAUAACCAUAAGACCACCCCAUCCCCAAAACCUUAACACUACUUUGCCUACUGUGCGCAUGAUAGUUGAUGUCUCAAAAAGUGGCAUUGUGCUCUCUAUUCAACCAAUUAUUAAGUUACUCAAAUCCCGAGAAGCUGCAACAUCCAUCGACCCAAAGACAUGGCCUCCCAUAUUAGAUAUUGAUGACAACCCAAAACGCAAAUAUGCCGGCAUAGCCACCGUCUCGUUUGACUCCAGUGCUUAUUUGGAUUUCAGUGUAUCAACCUGUGGACGUCUUAGUGGUGUCAAUAUAUCGCAUCGAUCUCUCUCUAGUCUGUGUGCCAGUUUAAAAUUGGCCUGUGAACUUUACCCGUCUCGUCAUGUUGCGUUAUGUUUGGAUCCCUAUUGUGGUCUUGGAUUUGUAAUGUGGACUCUUAUCGGGGUGUACAGUGGACACCAUUCAAUACUUAUAGCACCUUACGAAGUUGAAGCUAAUCCCAGUUUGUGGUUGUCAACUCUCUCGCAACACCGUGUUCGCGACACCUUUUGUUCAUAUGGUGUGAUAGAAUUAUGCACUAAAGCACUUAGCAAUUCCAUACCCUCUUUAAAGCAAAGAAAUAUAGACCUAAGAUGCGUGCGGACAUGUGUUGUAGUAGCAGAGGAGCGCCCAAGAGUACAGCUGACACAACAAUUUUGCAAGCUGUUCCAAGCCCUUGGUUUAAACACUCGAUGUGUUUCUACUUCCUUCGGAUGCCGUGUAAAUCCCGCUAUUUGUGUGCAGGGGGCUAGUUCUGCAGAAAGUGCUCAGGUCUAUGUAGAUAUGAGAGCAUUGCGUAACAAUCGUGUGGCAUUGGUUGAACGCGGUGCACCAAAUUCAUUGUGUGUAAUUGAAUCCGGAAAACUUCUACCGGGCGUAAAAGUAAUAAUAGCUAAUCCUGACACUAAAGGACACUGUGGCGAUUCACACUUGGGAGAAAUUUGGGUACAAGCGCCCCAUAAUGCAAAUGGAUACUUUACCAUAUAUGGCGACGAAACUGACUACAAUGAUCAUUUUAAUGCUAAAUUAGUAACUGGGGCUACAGCUGAGAUUUAUGCGCGUACUGGGUAUUUAGGUUUCUUGCGGCGCACUGAGUGUUCACAAGCAGCUUCGUUACUUGACGAAACCACACCAAGUGUGGCUAGUCGUGACAGUGAUACUGAAUCCUUGAACUCCAUAAGUCAACUGCAACUAAACUUUUCUAACACUUCCUUGGGUGGAAACUCUGAGCAUAGCAUAGUAAGUGGUGCCGUUAACUCCAAUGACCAAGAGCUGCACGAUGCAGUGUACGUAGUCGGAGCUGUUGAUGAAGUGAUCUCUCUACGGGGCAUGAACUAUCAUCCAAUUGAUAUUGAAAACUCAGUAAUGCGGUGUCACAAAAAAAUCGCUGAAUGUGCCGUAUUCACCUGGACCAAUUUGCUGGUCGUAGUUGUGGAGCUCGAUGGCAAUGAAUCAGAAGCAUUGGACUUAGUUCCCCUGGUCACAAAUACAGUAUUGGAAGAUCACCAACUAAUAGUUGGCGUAGUUGUGGUGGUUGAUCCAGGAGUGGUGCCUAUUAACAGUCGUGGGGAAAAGCAACGGAUGCAUUUACGUGAUGGUUUUCUUGCCGACCAGUUGGAUCCCAUCUACGUCGCAUACAACAUGUAAAUACGCAUUUAGUUUAUGAUGAAAUCGACACUGCGUAGCACAGAAACGUAAGCAAACCAAUUUAUUCUAACCUUAUUUAACAACCAUCGUAAAUCAGUAUCUAAAUAUAAAAAGGCUCAUUUUGCUUUGGAUAGCCCAAACAAAUUACAUAUUUCCUUUAAGAUUAUUAGCUAUUAGCAUACUUAAAGCAUAGUUGGUAAAUCUUUCUUUAAAUUAACUGGACUAUUUAUUAAUAUGAUCAUACACGUACAUAUACAAAUCACAACAA